AUGCCGACACUCUUUCAAGUAUACUAUAUCCCCGACAGGGAAUCGACCCUCUCCGAGAUCUUUAAGGCGGAUAGCAUUCUCUGCAACUACUGGUUCGCAGCGUCCUAUACUAGGCCGAAUAUCCUUAACGCUCUUCUUAUUCACGAUGACCUUGCAACGUUCCUCGCGAUCCACACCCGCUGGCAAGUAAUGCAUCCCACCAUUGUGACUCGUGCGGGUACGGAUGCCCAGGCACGCCCGUAUCGCCGUUCUCUGCGUCCGGACCGGAAAGAGGAGACGCCGGCAGUCAUCCAGGGUUCAGGAGAUCAAGAGGUCAAGAGAUCAACGGCUGUCGGCUAA